AUGGACAAGGAAGCAGAGAGACAGGAACUUCACAACCAGUUUGUAGCGGAACUGCGAGAACAGGAUCGAUGGCUUCCUAUCAACAACGUGGGAAGAUUGAUGAAGAAUACGCUGCCAGUUUCGGCGAAAGUGUCGAAAGACGCUAAAGAAUGUAUGCAGGAGUGUGUUUCGGAGUUCAUUUCAUUUGUUACAAGCGAAGCUAACGAUAGAUGCACUCAGGACAAGCGUAAGACUAUUAAUGGUGAAGACGUACUAACGUCGCUGAAUGCUCUGGGAUUUGAAAACUACGCCGAGGUCCUUAAGAUAUAUCUUGCCAAAUACCGCCAGCAACAGGCUUUGAAGAACCAGAUGACAUAUAUGCGGCGUGACGGCGUGUCCGACGAGGAAUCGCCGUCUGCUCCUGGAGCAUCGAUGCAAGAGGGGCAUCAAGAGGAGGAGUUGGAUGGAGAAGAUAUUGUUAAAACAGGUGGAAAAGAUACGGAAUACAUCAAAGCCGAUUCACAACUGUAUAUGUAA